UGCCUUUCGUAAAUAACCCCUAUUGUGUGUUUGUUAUAUAGUACUUUGCUGCCAAAAUACAAGAAUUUAGUAUACUAAUUACCUAGUACUUGGUGCAUUGCUGCCAUAAGACAUAGAUCUCAGUGUGCCUAUUACCUAGUACUCAGUGCCAUGCUGCCUUAAAACAUAGAUCUUUGUGUGCCUAUUGCCUAGUAUUUGGUGCUAUGCUGCCAUAAGACAACGAUCUCAGUAUGCCUUUUACCUAGUACUUGGUGCUAUGCUGCCAUAAGACAUAGAUCUCAUUAUGCCUAUUGCCUAGUAUUUGGUGCUAUGCUGCCAUAAGACAACGAUCUCAGUAUGCCUUUUACCUAGUACUUGGUGCUAUGCUGCCAUAAGACAACGAUCUCAGUAUGCCUUUUACCUAGUACUUGGUGCUAUGCUGCCAUAAGAUGUAGAUCUCAGGGUACUCAUUACCUAGUACUUGGUGCUAUGCUGCCAUAGAACAUAGAUCUCAGUAUGCCUUUUAUCUAGUACUUGGUGCUAUGCUGCCAUAAGAUGUAGAUCUCGGUGUACCCAUUACCUAGUACUUGGUAAUAUGCUUCCAUAAGACAUAGAUCUCAGUGUGCUUAUUAUCUAGUACUUGGUGCCAUGCUGCCAUAUAGAAUUCAUUGUGCUUCCUACUUUCAAUCCUGCCUUGCAGACUCCACAUGUAAAUGGAUGUUUAAAGCUGCUUCGUUACAUCUGUGGGACAGCAUGUUUAGUCCUGCCUGCUCCUAUUAUUAUGAUAGGAAUGCAUUACAUUGCAUUGCACAACAGACAGCUGGAGUUACAUGAUGUCCUGACGUAGCAAUACUAAUUUCAGUUUUAAAAGAAACUCAAUCAGGAAAGAAAUAAAGAAAUUUAUGAUACCCCUAAUGUAGAUAGCAGGGGUGCACAUAUGCUUUCGAAUGUCUUAAUGUUAUGAUUUUUAUUUUAAUUUAUGAUUACACCAUUAACAAAAGUUUGUUAAAUAAGCGCUGUAUGCUUUCAGUAUCAUCAUUUAACCAGUGUCUUCUACUUUUUGCAGGGUUAAGCAGCACUUUUUUGGAAGAGACUUCCCCAUCUGGAGCUCCAGACUCUCCUCACAACUCUGGUGCCCCCUGGAGGCCGCGCAGAUUUAAACGUUGUUCUUGUUCUUCCCUUAUGGACAAAGAAUGUGUAUACUUCUGUCAUCUAGACAUCAUUUGGAUCAACACACCAGAGAAAACGGUGCCUUACGGUCUCGGUGGGCCUCGCUUGAAACGUUCAGUGCGGGACACAAACACGGAGUCUACAGACAGGUGUAUCUGUGCCAAGCGUGAGGACAAGAAAUGCCUGGGUUUCUGCCAAGCCUCAACAGAGCUCAGUGUCCAGCCUUCGCUGAAAAAAGAAAUGCGCCAAAAACAGCAGGCCAAAGUUUGCAACGGCCUCGAGAUGGGAUCACUCUGUGUUGAAAAGCACCUUUCUAGUAACAGAGAAAGAAUGGAUGACAUUACAAGGUCCAUUAAAAGAUCAUUCGCUAUUGCCAGACUACUGAAGAAGCUCAAUGAAAUGAAAGAAGUAACGCGUCCUUGGACACAGAGGAAGAGAGGACUUUGGAAACAUAUAAAAACAACAUCUUAGUUAAAGGCUUGCACCUAUUUCUUUUAAAGUGUGGAAGAUAUUGCUGUCAGUGCGUUGCUGUGUGCCCUACACCUUCUCCUUGAUGGCUCUUUGCACGUGAAAAAAAAAGUAUGAAGACUGAAUCUGGAGAUGUGGGACAAUAGUAAAACUUCAGAAAUGGCACACGUGGUAACUUCAUAGGAGACACACAAGAGGUCUAAUGGAGAAGAAUGCCAUGAAAACAAUCAGAAGGAAAAUACUGGAACCCAAAUUUUGGAUUAUCUGCCAAGCAUUUCUACUGACAGUAAAACACUGGAAUGCAAUAUGCAAAAACGCAUGCCUUAUUCUACACAUGAGAUGCUGCAUAUGGAUGUGUAUUGUAAAUGGACAUCUAUGCCAUUUUGAGGACUUAUCACAUACAUACAUGACUACCUCAGGUUUACUCCUCUCAAGGGCUUUCUUCCUGCCUAUUGUUUAGCUUGUUCUGUGAAAAUGCCUUUUUUUCCCUGGAACCCUUCACCUGAGCUACUCAAAUCUUUGAUACAUAAUAAAUCCCAGAUUUGUCUAGUGACUGGUUGGGGUGGCCUUAGAGAGCAGUUCAGUUUUUUUUCUUCAUGUUAACUGCUCUCACAAGCUAAAACUUUGGUCGUAAAAAGCAGUGGAGUUAUCUGCUAUCGCUUAUCUAAAUUUAUUAUGUGAAUAUUUUUUAAAAUAAAUAUUUAUAUUAUUUUUAAACUGACUAUAUUUACUGUGUUAAAUAUCUAUUGAAAUAGGCCAUAUUGGUCUAUGCAUGUUGUAUUUCUGUAUGAAAAAAAGACCUUAGUUUUUCUUCAAUAAUAAUGUUAAAAUAAAUAUUUUGUAACCCUUA